UCGCCGCCGAUUUUCCCCCAUCUUCUUCUUCUCUCCCGCACUCCAAAGUCGAAACCCUCCCAAAACCCUAAACCCCCCAUGGCGCCGCCCGUCCCCACUGCCGCCGCUCGCCUCGUCCUCCGCCGCCUCCUCUCCACGGCGGUCGCCGAGGCGGAGGCGGCGGCCGUGGCUCCCGCCGCCGAGAAGGCCGCGGCGAAGGGCGCCAAGACGGCGGCGGCGGCGGGGGAGGAGAAGGACGCGCGGUCGCUGUACCGGCGGCUCUCGGCGCUCGGGGGCGCGGGGGAAGGGAGCGUGUCGCGGGUGAUGAACAAGUGGGUGCGCGAGGGGCGGGAGGCGCGCGCGGCGGAUCUCGCCAAGUACGUCAAGGAGCUUCGCAAGUACAAGCGCCACGCCCACGCCCUCGAGUUGAUGGAAUGGAUGGUUAACACUAAGGGUAUGAACAUGUCAUACACUAACCAUGCCAUACGUUUGGAUCUCAUUUAUAAAGUGCGUGGCAUUGAAGCAGCAGAACAAUACUUUGCUGGCCUCCCUGAUCCAGGCAAGAACCAUAAAACUUAUGGUGCACUUUUGAACUGUUAUUGCUCUGCUAAAAUGGAAGACAAAGCAACAGACAUCUAUCGCAAGAUGGACGAACUAGGAAUCUCAUCCAGUACUCUUCCUAUCAACAACCUGAUGUCUCUUUACGUGAAGAUAGGCCAGCAUAGGAAGGUUACAAGCCUGUUUGAGGAGAUGAAAGUGAAGAAUGUUAAACCGGAUAACCUCACAUGCUGCCUGCUGAUGAGUAGCUAUGCAGCAUUGAACAAGAUAGAUACUGUUGGAGAGGUUCUAAAAGAAAUGGAAGAAAAAAAAGUGGCUCUAGGGUGGUCUGCAUAUAGCACACUCGCUUCCCUCUAUGUGAAUGCUAAUAUGGUUGAAGAAGCGGAAUCUGCUUUGAAGAAACUCGAGAGUCUCAUCGAUGUUCAAGCUGGCAGGCAGCCUUUUGAUUUCCUUAUGAGCCUAUAUGCAUCAGUAGGCAAUCUGAGUGAGGUCAACAGAGUGUGGAACCUGAUAAAGGCUAAUUUUCAGAAGGUGACUAACACCAGCUACCUCGGCAUGCUUCAAGCUCUUUAUAAACUCAAUGACGAUGAUCGCAUGAAGCAGAUUUAUGAGGAUUGGGAAUCUAAUUAUGAAAAUUAUGAUGCGAGGCUGACAAAUAUGAUGACCCGAGCACAUCUAAGAAAUGGCUUGACCAAGGAAGCUGAAUUACUAUGGGAGAAGGUUAAGGAAAAAGGUGCAGAAUUUGAUUCCAAAACAUGUGAGUUGUUUCUAGAGCAUUACAUGGGGAAAGGGGACAUGACCUCCGCUUUGAACUGGGUUGAAAAUAUGACCAAACUUCCCAGGAAGAAAUCGAAGCUAGAUCAGGAGAAGAUCAGCUGUUUCUUGAAGUAUUUCGAAGAGCACAAGGAUGUGGAAGGUGCCGAAAGGUUUCUCAACUGCUUGAGAACGUCAGGAUGCAUUGAUGGCAAGGCAUAUGAGUCCCUCCUGCGGACCUACUUGGCGGCUGGCAAGACAAGCCGUUCGAUCCGCCAAAUGAUCAAGGAAGAUAAGAUUGAGAUAUGCUAUGGCAUCGGGAAAUUACUCAAGAGGAUUGCCGACAAGGGACGCUGAAAUGUUUAUCCUCGGUAAUUUUACUUUGUCGGUGACACGUGAUUCUUCGGCGAGCGGCACAAAGCAGAUUCGUUUGAGUGAACUGUUCUCCCUUCUUCCUACUGCUCCAUGUAGAGGAUGAUAUACCUCAUGGCUAGGAUGCUGUUCCAGCCUUUUCUUGCUUUUUUUUUUCAAGAAGCAGAGGCAUGCUAGGGUAAAGGGUUUUUUCUUCAAGUGCAACGUGUAGUCUUGUCUGAGGAGGCUUUUCUCCAACACUUCUUUUUUGCUUACUUUCUGAACGAAAUGGCUUCUCCAGACAUACAGUACUGAAGCAAGAAUCCUACUACAGAAUCGUUGCUGUUUCCAUCUCUUGUAGUCAGUGUGCUAUCAGUUUGAUGCCCUGACAAUGAUAUGUGCAUGCUAGUCCCAAGUGUGUUGUGGAUAA